AUGCUUGGUACCCACGCGAUUGCAACGCCAUGGUCUACGGCACCUCUUGCUCUUGACUCUUCCUGGUCUUCGAUUUGCUAUGUAGCCAGUCUUGCGUGGGGCUAUCAUACCGUUGCAGAUCGUUGGGAAGCAUGGCUUCAUGCUUGGCCAAAAGAUGUGAGAUUGAUCAAUUCUCCAUCGCUCCUUCUGUGGAAUACUCGCAAAACAUAUUUGAAAGAAUUGGAGAAGGCUGGUAUUCCAGUCGUUCCAACACUGUACGUCGAGCAGAUCGAUGAAAAAACACUGAUUGAUGCUGCAGCACAUUUUGCUACUACUGAUCUUAUCGUCAAACCUCAAGUAUCGGCAUCUGGUUUUAAUAUGUUACGCGUUUUGGUUGGCAGCUUGGAUCUUGCUUCAUCACCAAGAUCAUUGAGUGUCACUACGGCAGUUGAUGAAUUCACCCGCUUGGGUAUCGCUCAUUCGGCCAUGAUGAUCCAACCGUUCAUGCCCAAUGUUGUUCACGAAGGUGAACUAUCAGUAAUCAUGUGUAAUGGGCAGUUCAGCCACGCAGCUCGAAAAACUCCAUCAUCCGGCGAUUAUCGCGUACAAGAUGAACUUGGUGGUAUCAUCACUGCUAUGGAUCAACCUUCGGCUGAAAUGCUCGAACUGGCCCGUGCUUCGCUAGCAAUCUGUCCUGAAACUCCUAUUUAUGCACGUGUCGAUAUGAUACGUAAUCACCUGACUGGAUGCUUGUCCAUUAUUGAACUUGAAGUUAUCGAACCGGAUUUGUAUUUGAAGCAUACAACCGAUGGAGGCAUGACAUUUGCACGUUCCAUCUUGCAAGCUCGUUCUCAGAACUGA